AUGGAGGUACCCGGAUCGCCAAAGCGAAUUGGAAACUAUGUUACUGCGAAAUAUCGUGAGACUGAGGAAUCGGAGGAGGAGCGUAUGAUUUUCCAGGCAACACUCGCUCGCUGGUUAAAAAGAGACACUGCCAGGAGAUUGUUGCGUGAUGAUAGUUCUGACGUAAAGUCUGAGAAAAUAGUUGUGCCGAAAGGACCAAGAGAUCUUUGGAGAGAGCAAUGGAAAAAAGAAAAAGAUGACGCUCCCGCCUUGGAACUCGAAAUGCAUGAAGAGCACAAGGUAGGAGAAACAGUUGUUGGUACCCUUGAGGCUCAUGUAAACGGGUUCAUAUACACAGCCUCGAGUUUUCAUCAGGUUUUCAUGCAUGCAAAUCUAGAAAGCUAUUUCAUGAGACUUGGGGGCAAGAUGAUGCCGCCUCUCUUGCAAUUCCACUUGCAGCAGCCUGUCAUAGUGGAGACGAAAGAGACAAAGGAUAUCCAAUUCUACUUGGUGACAUCUGAUAAGAAUGCAGAUAACAAAGACAAGCACACAAUGAGUAGCAUCCGUAACGAAGAUUUAGAGAACUUUGUCCACAAGGUGCAACAAGAACCUCAGAGUCGCGGGAGUAAAAUACCUAUAUAUUUUAAUCCCUUGGACGAGUUUGAAUUAGACGAGUUUGAAUUUUCUGGAGCUUUUCCUGCCGGUGCAUCAACCAUCAUUUCCCUGACUUUUUAUGCCCUUGAAAAAGAAACACCUUUCGCUGUGGUCCUACUAAGCGACAUUGAGAUAGUUAACCUGGCGAAGCUUGGACCUGAAAGCAUUGAUAUGACGGUCGUAUUCGAAGACUUCAAGCGUGAUGUGCUCCAAAUCCGCUCAAUUCCCUUAAAGUUUCUUACUGGCAUAAAAGAGCGUCUGCACUCUAUGGGCGUGAAGUACUAUGUUAAUAGCAAAAGUCUAGACGAGUAUGUUAGUGAAAGAUAUGAGAGAGUCCCCGAAGAAGUUUCUCAUCAAGAUGUCAACCAGAUCCAAAAAGGGCCCAACCGGGUUCGAACCGGUGACCUCUUGAUCUGCAGUCAAAUGCUCUACCACUGA